AUGAUGUUUAGCAAACAUGACGAGUUUUUAUCACGUAUAUCUAAAUUGGAACAAGACAAAAAGGAGGAUAAAAAAAAUAUUAGAUUAUUGGAGGAAAGGUCUUUCAAUCCAUCAAACGCGGACUAUCUGUUCCCAUCAGAUGAUGACGUUGAUGAUCAAUCCCCACAACAGCAGCAGCAGUCCAUACAAAAAAAGAAACGGAAGCAUUCACCAGUGGCGGGUACAUCGACAGCGAGUCCUGCUCCAGUUCGAGCAGUUACUGCCCUAGCGCAGUCAACAGGGGAGAAAAAAAAGAAACAUAUUAUAAACCCGGUGGCUAUGAAGAAGCCAACAGCUAACAACCUUUUCGGUAGUGACAGUGAAGACGAGGUUUCGCCGCCAACAUCAACAACACAGCCGGACAAGGACAAGGUACCACAAGUGCGGGAUGAGUUUGAGUCCUUUAAGAAGAUUGUCUGGAGUAUACUAUCCCUCCUAAGACAGCAGAUUGGUGAGGUCUCGAAAGCACUGGAUGGGCAGGAAGCGAGGCAUCGGAGCAAGCAUCUUCUUCUCUGUGGAGUCCCCGAGAAACCUGAUGAGAACUUAAAAGCUACCGUUAUAACUCUGCUGCAGAAACACCUAGGCAUCAGAGACUUGGAUCCCUCAUCUUUUAAGUCAUGUUACCGGCUGGGUGCCCUUGCUGAGGGCCGUUCUCGUCCUGUUGUUUUCCGGUUCUCUGCAUAUAGUUUGCGUGCCAGCACUUGGAGGAAUAAGACUAAACUCAAGGGAUCCUCUUUGGUGCUGCGUGAGUUCCUUACUAAGGCACGUCAAGCAGUAUUCCAUACAGCACGGAGUCACUUUGGUAUUUCAAAUGUUUGGACAGCCGAUGGGAAUGUUAUAAUAAAAACUCCAGAUGGUGGACGUCUAAGGGUUGCCUGCAGCGAUGAAUUGACUAACGUUAUGAACCAGUUCCCCAAUUCAGCAUCAGUAAGCAAGGCUUCGGCAGUGCUGCCUGUCGGUGGUGAAUUGUCUACGGGUGUGCCAUCUGCAUCUUCAUCUCGGUCAAUGCAGUCAAGAUCUAAGCGCAUUGUUAAGGGUGUCAAGUAA